AUGACGAAGAGUUGGAAGGUUGAUCAAGCAACGAUUGAUGAGUUUUUCAAGGAGAGAAAGCCAGAAGGUGGAGCAUAUAACAUCUGGCAUCAUCGCUACCAAGGGCUUGAUAGAGACUGGAGCAAGAAAGGAUUACGGUCCAAGUUCAGAUGCAAAGUUGCACGAGAUGCAGGCGACACAGCUGGCACUAGUAAUCCUCAUGCUUACUUCUGCCUUUACUUUGCCAAAGGAAUGUGUGCGCAAGGACACAAGUGUGCAAUGUGGCAUCGAAUUCCCACCGAAAAGGAUGAACAAGAGACAACUAUUGAUUGUUUUGGGCGUGAUAAAUUUGCUGAGUUUCGUCAAGAUAUGGGUGGUGUAGGUUCUUUCAACACAUUGAACCGUACACUCUAUGUGGGUCGAAUUGCAGUAACACCUGACAUUGAGGAAGUGGUAACAAGAAACUUUGAAGAGUGGGGUCGAUUGGAAAGAGUGCGUGUAUUGAAGAACAGGGGUGUUGCAUUUGUUACAUAUGCGACGCGAUCAAAUGCAGAAUUCGCAAGAGAAGCUAUGAUGAACCAAAAUCUGGAUCACAACGAAAUUAUCAACGUCAGAUGGGCUACAGUGGAUCCAAAUUCAAUUGGCAAUCGUAUGGAUAGCGAUGAAGAAGAAACAGAGAGAAAGCAGACAGAAGAUGUAUAUCAGUAUCAGGCAUCACAAUCCGAACUUCCGGCUGAGUUUACACAAACCAAGCGAGAUGUAGAUGAGGAUGGUUUUAGUAAUAUGGAAAUGCGUGUUAAACGACAGAGAGCAGAAGAAGCCGGAGAUUUUCGCGGCCCUUAUUAUGAUACCGAAUCAGCUAUGGCUAUAUAUGGUUAUACUCAACCGAUUGCAACCGCAGAUGCUUCUUCUUACUGUACUCAACCUGCAACAGACGAAGUUUCUCAAUCCACAGACCAUAAUCCACCCGACCAAAACCAUGUUCUUGCCUACCAAACUCCAGCUUCACUUGCGUCUGCACCUACACAUACACUUAAGGCCGGGGGGAUUAUUCCGAUUAAUGUUUUAAAUUCACUUAAAUCAUUAUCCAAUCAAGGAAAAGGCGUUGCUCCUUCAGUACAGCCCAAACAAAAUAUACUCAGUAGUCUUACAAACUACAAUAGUGGCAGCGAGAGCGAGAGCGAUGACUAGAGAAAGAGGAACCAAACAAAACUUACAAAUUUCAUCUCUUUAUGCAUUUAUAUAUAUAUAUAUACAUGUAUGUAUGUAAAUCCAUUGUUUAUGAGAUGGGGAUCCCAAUUUUAUUUUAUUUUCUUUUUCUUUUUUUUUUUUAAAUAAUCAUCACUCAGAAUUCUUUGAUGCUAGGCAUCGGCCACAUACAAUUGACUGUCUUUGCAAAAACCUGCACUUCCAAGGAAAUACACUAUUUACUCCAGAACAAGGAUGAAGAAUCAUCAUAGUGAUGUUAUUUCGCAGUACUUUUUCAAUACAUUGAAAUAAUUUUUGAAAAAUAAAAGAGUUUCAAAGGU